AUUCGCUGUUCAAUUCUCCAGGUAAACUGGUGCAGCAUUUGAAACGAGGCAAGAGGACCAUUUAUGGAGACGAAGUAGCCCAGGAAAAAAUACUCCAUCACCAGACAUUGAAGGAUUUUGAAAAAUUAAACAUGGGCAACACUGCAACAGUCAAUAAAAAGGGUAGUGGCGACGCAGCCGAGUCGUCUGGACGAAACGGUGCGUCGCAAAUAGUGAAAGAAUUUUUGGAGAAGGCCAAAGAGGACUUUGAGGAAAAAUGGAAGAGAAACCCAUCAAACACAGCCGCCUUAGAUGAGUUUGACAGAAUCAAAACCCUUGGCACGGGCUCAUUUGGCCGAGUUAUGUUGGUGCAGCAUAAAGCCUCCAAGGAAUUCUAUGCCAUGAAAAUUCUUGACAAACAAAAGGUGGUUAAGUUGAAGCAAGUAGAGCACACUCUAAACGAGAAGAAAAUUCUGCAAGCUAUCAGCUUUCCAUUUUUAGUCAGCCUUAAGUUCCAUUUCAAGGACAACUCAAACCUGUACAUGGUGUUGGAGUACGUACCUGGAGGUGAGAUGUUUUCUCACCUGCGCAAGGUUGGCCGAUUCAGUGAACCCCAGUCGAGAUUCUACGCUGCGCAAAUCGUGCUGGCAUUCGAGUACCUCCAUUACCUAGACCUUAUUUACAGAGACCUCAAACCAGAGAACCUGCUCAUUGAUAACCAGGGUUACCUGAAGGUCACUGACUUCGGCUUUGCCAAAAGAGUUAAGGGCAGAACGUGGACCCUGUGCGGAACACCUGAAUACCUUGCACCUGAAAUCAUCUUAAGCAGAGGCUACAACAAGGCUGUUGAUUGGUGGGCAUUGGGCGUUUUGGUUUAUGAAAUGGCUGCAGGAUAUCCACCAUUCUUUGCUGACCAGCCAAUACAAAUCUAUGAAAAAAUCGUGUCCGGAAAGGUCCGUUUUCCAUCACACUUCAGUUCCGACCUGAAGGACUUGCUGAGGAACCUGCUGCAGGUAGACCUAACCAAGCGGUAUGGUAACCUGCGCAACCAUGUCAAUGACAUCAAGGGCCAUCGUUGGUUCCAGUCCACAGACUGGAUUGCAGUUUUCCAGAAAAGGGUGGAGGCUCCAUUUGCUCCUCGGUGCAAGGGACCAGGAGACACAAGCAACUUUGAUGACUACGAAGAGGAGGCUUUGCGAAUAUCUUCCACCGAGAAGUGUGCAAAGGAAUUUGCCGACUUUUAAUCCACAAGCAGCCGGUACAAAACUGUUUUGCUUGCUUCGAUCAGAAAAAUCAGCACAACUAUCCAGUUUUGUUUCAAGAGCCGCAGUCAAUUUUUUGGAUGGUCAAUUCCCCCAUAAUUUUUGAGGCAUCAGACUCUUGUUGAUUGUUUUUGUAUUAAGUUUGUUUGUUGAUUUGCUUCUUGCUAGAAUCGUUGAAGAGCAAAGUGUACAUAAAAUUAAUAUACAAUUAUAUGAAAAAAAUAGGGAGCAGAAUUACACGAUGCAGAUUUUGAAGUGCGCAUGCUGCGCUUAGCCUGUAACUCGUAAUGGCACCAACUAGACUAAUACACCUAAAUUAUUCUUACUAAUUUUUAAGCACAAAAAGUAGAUUUGUUUUCUGACACGAUCGUGUCUCGGAAGCUGGAUUUUAUUUCACGACUUGCAUAUCAUAUGUAAUUUUAUUUUACGAGGAGGUCCAAUAUACUUAUUUCAUGAUCUUUUUUUUUCUUCUAAAAUUCGGAAUGUGAAACCUCAAAAUUUUUUAUUAGCUUCUGAGGCGUGUUUUGAUUUGGCUCGAUUGAAUGUGAGUGAAUCUAAUAAUUGAGUGCAGCUUUUGAACCAUGUGAUAAUUUGGACAAUUAGCUCCAUUAGAAGAAUGAAAAAUACAAAAGUAGGUCUAACCAUUACCUUAUUACAAACUAGUUGGAGAUAAUUUGCACAAUAAUUUACCAUAAUUUGAGGAAGCCAUAUUUUUAGGUUUUAGUUCUGAUUUUUUUUUAUCACUUCAUUACCAAAGGAUAUCUUAUUUUACCUAUCAAAAUCCUGCUGACAUCAAGAAUUUUUGCUUAAAAAAUCCGUCUUAAAUAUUUCAAAGUUCAAAAUCGUGCUCAAAUUUGGCCUAUUUUCAUCCAAGAAGGUAAAUUCUUUGUUUCAGUGGCAUCCACUGAAAUGAAUUACAUAAAUGCAAAAUGAAAGGUACAAUAAUCAUGAAUUCAAAAUUUAUACUCAAGACCAAGUCUUGAUAUCAGCUGGUGCUUGAGCUAAUUUUCUUUGAAAAUGGUUUAUUUUUAUUGGAAGGAUAUAACUGGAAUUUGACACCUGCUAAUGUGCUAAUUAAUUGAUUGAUAAUGUAAUAAUAAUUAAAACAAUUAUAUUUAUUGAUAUGCAGUUGUUAGGUGAUGACACGGCGUUUUUCAGCAAAAUCGAGAUGCACUCAUUGUGAUGGGGCGGGGCUCUGCAUUAAUUGAAAAGUACGAUUGAAUAUUUCUUGUUGAUAAAUUAAAAAUAUAUAAUAAAAAUGCAACAAAUAUAGAUGCCUCAAAUUAUGAGUACAUUUUUCUCUACCGCGCUAUAAAAGAAUAUCACAUAUUUCAGAGAAAAUGUUGCUUUUGAAGCUAGUUGAGUAUGAAAAAAAAAUUGUAAUGCGCCAAUUUUUUGAUUGAAUUUGAAAUAUUGUGAAAAUAUAUAUCUCGCGGAAAAAACGAACUUAUUUUCCUAGCAGUAAUAUGAGAAUCAAAUUUCCGAUAACAGUUAACCAAAAAUUUUGUCAAACCGUAUACAAUAAAAUAAAACAAAAAAACUCCAAA